AUGCGUGCCGUAGACAUUACUGAUGAUCCUGCACUGCCAGUGCCACCCAUAGAGGCGGCAGCGGUUAUGGAGGUCGACGCUGACGGCAUUCGUGUACGCGAUGUCAUUUAUCUUUUUCUCAGCCGUUUGGUGGACCCCACACUUCGACAGAACUCGGAUGCCGCCGCGGCAGCCACUGCGCCGUCCGUAUUUUCUUCUUUUUCAGCUUUGAAUCCCGCAUUGGUUGAAGCGGAUGGGGCGGACACCCUGAGCGAGUACACCUAUAUUGUUCGACAGAUGGUACGCAUCAGCACCUCGCUGGAUUGGUCAACCUGCGUUGUGAACUGGGAUCACAUGCUUCGCUUCGAUGAGGACGCCGCGGCGGUGAUGGAGUCGGACUACCAGCGCUUUGCCCCGUUUAUGAACGAGGCGCUUCACCGCGUGCUGCAGCAGUACUUCACCGAGGACUACGCGAAUCGUGGGAAAUGCCAGCCCCAGUUUGUCUUCUCGGGCGUACCUCGCUGCCUGACAAUUCGGGCGCUUCGCGCAUCAAUGGUGGGGAGGCUGUGCAGUCUGCGCGGGGUAGUUACGCGGACCUCUCAGGUCCGUCCGGAGCUCCUCGUCGGCGUCUUUCGCUGCCUCGACUGCGGAACGGAGAGUAACCCGAUUGAGCAGCAGUUUUGCUAUACCGAGCCGCCAGCUUGCCGAAACUCAGUGUGCGAGAAUAAAUCUCGCUUUAGCCUUAUUCUUCACCACCCCAAGACCCUUUUUGGGGACUGGCAGAAGCUUCGGAUGCAGGAGGACGCAAAUAACAUCCCGCCAGGGUGUAUGCCGCGGACGAUGGAGGUGAUCGUCCGCGGCGACGCCGUCGAGGUGGCAAAGCCGGGGGACCGCGUUAUCGCCGUGGGUUGCCCCGUUGUUGUUCCGGAGGUGGCGAAACUGUUUAACUUGUCCAACCGCCGCGAGGUUCAGCAGCAGAUGACCGGACCCCAACGCGCACAGCAGGAUGCGCAGGCCGAGUUGGAGGGCGCGACCGGGCUGCGGGCGCUGGGGGUGCGGGAGCUCAACUACCGCAUGUGUUUUCUUGCCACCACCAUCACCGACAACGCGGGAGAUGAUCGAAAAAUGAAGGAAGCUGUCAAGGGCUCCCUCAAUGAAGAUGGGAUGGACGCGCGGGAGGAAGUGCUCCUUAGCUAUGCGGAAGCACAAAAGGUCCAGCAGAUACGUCACCACGAGGGCUUGCUGAAGGCCCUCACGCGUUGCGUCGCGCCGAAUGUGUUUAAGCACGACGUCGUUAAGCUCGGACUGCUCCUGCAGAUGGUAGGAGGGGUCUCUAAGACGACCGUCGAGCGGAUCGCGCUGCGUGGGGAUAUCAAUGUCUGUAUUGUUGGUGACCCAUCAACUGCGAAAUCACAAUUUUUGCUCUGGGUUUCGAGGAACAUGCCGCGUGGGGUGUACACGGGCGGGAAGGUGUCGACGGCGAGCGGCCUCACCGCGACCGUAACGCGCGACGCCGAUACGGGCGAGCGAACGAUUGAAGCGGGUGCGUUAAUGCUCAGCGAUCGUGGGAUUUGCUGUAUUGACGAGUUCGACAAGAUGGAUAUCCGAGAUCAGGUCGCGAUCCACGAGGCUAUGGAGCAGCAGACUAUCUCGAUUGCAAAGGCAGGCAUUAAAGCAACACUGAACGCGAAGACGUCUCUCCUCGCGGCGAUGAACCCGAUUGGUGGAAAGUACGACCGCCGUAAGCCUAUCCAGAAGAACAUCACCAUCACGGCGCCUAUCAUGUCGCGCUUUGAUUUGAUGUUUGUGAUCGUUGACGACACCGGCGAAGAGGCGGACUAUGCGAUUGCGGAUCAGAUGCUACGUCUGCACCGCUUCGGUGGUGCUGCAGUCUGCCCGCCUUUCAGCACUGAGGACUUUCAGCUCUACCUCCGCUAUGCCCGCUCUCUUACUCCGCGACUGACGCCGGCCACCUCCCAGAUCAUCGUAGCGGCCUACCGCGAUAUGCGAUUGCAGGACUCGUUGUCAAAUCGAAGCAAAGUUUACCGCGUCACGACUCGUUUGUUGGAAAGUAUCAUACGACUUUCCGAGGCCACCGCGAAGAUCUACCUUAGUGAUGAGGUGACGCCCAGCCAUGUCGAGGUGGCACUUGAGCUUAUGCGGCAGUCGUUGUCGACGUUGGAUAUGACGGACGUGGAGUUAACUGGUGGCCCUAUUGACCACCCUGACGAGGCAGAAACCGGGGCCAUAAACGUAAAGGAAGAACCCAAUGCGGCGGGGAGAGGGGAAUUUGGAAGCAGCUCCCAUACCGCCACACAGACCGACACUGAUACUCAACAUUUGCCUGAGGUUGGUGUUUCCGCACCUCCAGUGCAAUCCCCUCCACCGCAGUCGCACAAGGUCACAAUUACUGCAGAUCACUACUUUAGCAUCGUCAACCGUCUUUUAACGCGGAUUCAGACUCUCGGGGAGGAAAAUGCCCCUCUUCGCUCGGAGUUGGUGACAUGGUAUUUGGAACAGGUGCAUUCACUGAAUCGUUCGCAACUAGAGAUGGAGUUGCGGUAUGUGAACCUGGUGCUGUCAAGGCUCAUUAAGGAGGGUAAGCUAUUGGAAGUGGAAAUGAACAAGGACGAACUGGCAAGAAUUUUCUUGGAUCCUAACUUCAAUCCAGACUUUGCCCAACGGUAG